AUGGUCGAGUCCUUCCUUCGUAAAGCUGCUGGACUCCCACAUGAGAAGAUUCGAACUCCUCCUUACUUGUCAUUGCUCUUUAUGAAGAUCCGCUUCGGUCUCAUCCAGAAGCUGGCUUCGGGUGAGAAGAUCAAUAAGAUCGGUCAAGGGAAAAAGAACAAGAAAAAUCAACAAAAACGCGAGAAAAAAGUCGAUGUGAUGCCCUUCAACAAGAAGCUUACUCGAGCGGCCGAAAGAAAAGAAUUGGUGACGGCUCUGGGAAUUAUGGAUAGUAUCAAAAAAGCUGGAGGUCGACCUGAUAAGCAUACCUAUGCUAACAUCAUCAACGUAUGUGUUCGAUGCGAUGAUAUUACUAAGGCGGAAGAGUUUCUGGCGGAGAUGCGUGACUCGGUGGGGCCCUCUGUGGUUCCGAUGACUACUAUGCUGAAGGGGUAUGCUAGUGAAGGAAUGAGAGAUAAAGCUGUCGAGUUGUUGGAGGAAAUGAUGAAGACGAAAAUUGCUAAUGGGCGUUCUGUGAUUAAAUGGUUACCUACUAUGGUCGAGUCCUUCCUUCGUAAAGCUGUUGGACUUCCACAUGAGAAGAUCAGAACUCCUCAUUACGUGAUUGUUUCAUGA